AUCUACACACAGCGCACAUGGCUUGUCUGAAAACACUUUCUGCUCUCAGGGAUCCAGACACAACAAAAAACUCAUGUGAAAUGUUCUAUCUCAGAGACUGAUAAGGAGCAGGAAAAAUGCCUUUCACCUUGUGUGGAGGACUGAGCAUGUGCUGAUCUCAGAGUAUUUGCUGGAGGAAGGCUGAAGUUUAUAUUGUCUGAAUAAAGAAGCGCGCAUUGAUGUUCUACCUUGGACCUGGUCAUGGUUAGUAAGAGUGGGAAGUCACCAGUUGGCCAAAAACUUAAUGAAAGCUUUGAAGACAAGCAUGAAAGGCGACUAGAAUUCCAUGAGAUACUAAGAAGUCGCCACAAUCUCACCACUUGCCGUAAGGAUGGUCCAACUUGGGGCAAGGAACAAGAGAAGCAUUCUCCACGUGAGGAGGAGUUCUUCAGGAGGAGACAUCUUUGGACUGAUGAAUUGGGAGAGAAAAAACUUGGGUCCCCACCAAAGUUAAAGAGACAUAUUCGAUAUUCACCAGUGAAACAAAAUCCAAGCGGAUCGCUUCUGGAAAACCGACAGCUUCUAUCAUCGGGCAGUCAGAACUCCUGUCGUCAUAACCGAUCUAAGACGUAUCCGUCUAACUAUACAAAUGUGAAACUUGGAACUCUGAGUAAUAUUGAUCCCUCUGAACCUUUAUACCAUAGAAUGAAAAAGAAUGAUGCAACGAAUAUUGAGAGGGGAGUUCAAACAGUACAGGAAACGCCAGUGAUUUGUUUGAAGAGGGAUUCUAGCCAACAAACAGACUGUGCCAUAUCAGUCUUAGAUGGUGAGUUGCAGCAGCUUUCUGAUUACCUCAUGGAAGCACUUCAUAGGGAGAGCAAACUGAAGAAGAAACUGUGUGUCUUGCAGGAGCUUCUCAAUGUGCUUGUACAAGCCUCAGAGAUGUCAUGGAAGGCCCAGCUGAAUGAAGACAAAUUAAAGUGUAAGGUGGAAAAUCUUGAAAAUCAAUUGUUUUUCUCUUGUCAGAACUUUCCAAAGACAGGCAUAAAAAAAAUGUUGAUGGAGAUGGAAGAAAACAAACAGAAGUAUGAACAGAAGGCUAAAGAAUCCCUUCAGAAAUUAACAGAUGACAAAAUAGCAAUGGGAAGAAGUAUUCAGAAUACUCAGAUGUCCUUGGCAGUAUCAUCAGAUGAGUGUGAACUGUGGAAAGAAGAAUACGAUAAACUAAAAGCAGACUGGAUUGAACUUAGCAGCAAACACUGUGAACUGAAGAAUGACAUGAAUGUUCUGCAGAGUAAGCUUAAGUGGGUUACAAAUCAAGAUGUACAACUUCAGCAGCUACAAAAUCACCUACUAACUCUGCAGCAAGAGAGAAGUGAACUUCAGGCCUGUAAUGAGCAGUUGCAAGAGGACUGUGAGAUCCAGAAGGAGCAACUGAAUUCUUUACAAGCUAGAUUACAGAAUGCGGAACAGCAGAAAUUACAGAUGCAGAUACAGAUCAAUAGUUUACAAAAGGGACUUUCAGCAUUGGAGCAAAGAAACAGUUCAAAUGUUGCAUCAAAAACAGAAAUCUUGCACUUGCGGGAAAUGCCAGAUGGAGCCGUGCAGAAUGACCGCCUUAACUUUAUUAUGGAGAAGCUAACAUCAAGAGAGGAAGAAUGUGUAGGUUUAAAGGCAGAAGUUGAUUUAAUUACUGAAGAAUACAAGUCAUGUCAACGAAAACUGCAACAGUGCAGGGAGGAACUGAAGGGAAAUCACAGACGGAAACCCAAGAGACGAUGUUCAUGUUGGAUGCCAGUCUUGGUGAUAAUAUUUGCUGCAGUAGCUGCGUACCUUUUCUCCCCUGAAAUGCGACAUUUCCCACAAUGAAAUUUAGGACUACCUCAA